UCGCUUUCCCCGCUCGAUUUGUUUGACAUGUGCGGUCGAGAGCAGAUUAUGAAUACAAUAUCAUCAUUCUCUCAGCGUAGUUUGGAUUGUGUGGAACGUGAUAAAACCAAAAGGGAUAUAAAUUGAGAGUAAAUCAGCAUGGGCAUUUGUGAGAAAAUUACCCUCGCGGUUGCUCAGAAGGCUUUGGAAAAGAUUAGGCCAAAGUUAGAUACCGAGGAGUACUGGUUUGAAAUCCUAACCCCGGAUCAAUAUGUGGAAGCCUUUGACAUCAUGAGUAACCAUUUCGUUCCCGAUGAGCCGAUUUGUCAUGCUACUGACGUAACAUGGGAUAAUGAUUUCGAAAAAAUGACGCUGGACAACCUCAAGGACAAUGUCUCACUUGCAAUGUUUUCUAAGAAAACUGGGGACAUGAUGGGCUUAAGAAUAUCGGGCUUUUUGCGACGCUCUGAUCCCCCGGAGGAUUUCAGCCGGAUGGAGUCUAAACAUGUAAAAGAUCUCUUCGUGUUUGUCACACACCGAGAUAAAGAGAUCGAUAUAUUUAACAGAUACGGCGUCGAUGAAAUAUUCCAUUUCUUUUGCCUCGGUGUCCGAAAGGAAUACAGACAUCAUGGAUUAGGAGAUCACCUUCUUACAGCGGCUCUCGAAAUGGCCAAAGAACUAGGCUUUACUGUGGUUAAAGGGGAGGGUACCGGGAAUUUCUCACAGCAUAUAUACGAGAAACAUGGCUUUGAAACUAUCCUGAAUGUAACGUAUAACUCGUACUUCAUUGAUGGAAAACCUAUUGGUGAGAAAACGGGUGAGCACAAGUCAUUUAAGAUUUACGGGAUACGAUUGUGAAGUUGCUACUUAAUGGCAUGGUCAUGUAUUUCUGUGACUUUAUCAAAAGUUUAAAUGUUAUUCCAUAUAAUGUUGUAUAUGUUAAAUUUGCUAUUUAAUAAAACA